CGUAGCGAAACUUCAAACCAUCACGUUCCUAAUUCUCCGCACGUCUUUCCAAUAGUUUUAGAGAGAACCUAAGCAAAGCAACCAAAAUAGUUUUUCUUUUUUAGCGUGUGGGGUCCCAAUAAUAACGCAUUAACCUUUUUAUUUAUUUGAUAAUAUUCAAAUUCGAUUCCUAUCCAGCUAUCCUACUUUGAUAAUAAUCAAAAUCCCCCAAGAGAAGAGAAGAGAAGAGAAGAGAAGAGACACAGAGUCGUGGUGCGUUGGCGUUGGUGCUGGUGCUGAAACCAAAAUGGAAUAAGAAUCAAAUAUAUACAACAAGAAGCAAUAGUUUAAUUUAUAUACCAAGUCUACUUAAUUUGUUUUUACAGCAUUUUCCAGCAAAUUAAAGAAAAGAGGCGAUGGAUACGUACAGGCAGGGCAAUAAUGCUUGCAGCAUGAGGACGCCUCUAUCGGCUAUGGCGGAGGCAUUCGAGGAGCUACUCGAGAUUUCAAAAGCAAACCAGAAAGGCUCCGAAGAAGAGAUGAGGUUGGACACUUUCUGCGACGCCUGCUCUUUCGUCUCUGUUCUUUUUGGUUGCCUCGGCCUCGCUUUCAAGUUCGCCGAGUUGGAAUACGUCUCCAAGGUACGUGAUCUUAAGGAAGCAUCAAGGACAUAUGACACUAUAGAAGAUAUACUUGAGCUUGAUGUUGCAAAUGACACGGUAAAGACACCAGGAAGCCUUUCACGUAAUUUACGACGAGUAAGACAGGGUCUUGACCUCAUCAGAGCUUUGUUUGAACAAUUUUUGUCAACGGAAGAGUACUCUUUAAAGGAAGCAGCUUCUACAGCUUAUGCACAAGUUUGUGCACCAUACCACUCAUGGACAAUCAGGACAGCAGUUGCUGCUGGAAUGUAUGCUCUUCCUACAAGAGACCAACUUCUGCUGAGACUCAAUGAAACUGAUCAGUCAGCAGAGAAGAAAAUGAGAAGGUAUAUCAGUGCAGCACUUCCGGUAAUAGAGUACAUUGACAAACUUUACCUCUCUAGGAAUAUCAUCUUGGACUGGUGACUUCACAUUUGUGGGAAACAAAACAAAACAAAAAACAAAAAAUGCAGGGAUUUCUUGUUCAGUCAACGAGGAAGUCUGUCAUGACUCAUGCAUCUUGAUGUUUGAAGAUCGUGUUGAAGAGGUUCGCAGAGCUCCAUUGAAGCAUCUCUCAUUCAAAACAAUAGCCAUUUCUAGUAGUCCUUUUUUUUUUCACCAUCAAUGCUUUUUCUUAUAGUAAUUAUACAAUAGUCAGUUUUGUUGUAGUUGUUGGCAAGCAUAUUAAAGAUAGGACAAUAUUUUAAGUGAACUGUGGUGAUCUGUAAAUAAAGAGGUCGUCACCAAGAAUGGGUAAAUAGACAGGACAAUAUUUCUUUAGAUCCGUAUGGCAAAGCAGACAAAUUUUAGAAA